AUGCACAACGAGGUCUUCAAUGAAGCCAAGAUCUACUCCUUCAACGAGGGCCUGUUCCAGGCCUCACCCGGAUGGGACUGGGACGUCUUCUCGCGGGACGAGGACCCCCAGCACUUCCUGGUGGAGCUGCUGCAGCUGCGCCCUCACACGGAGGAGCGGGGACGGGCGAUGGCCGGGAGGGGCUGCAAAGCCGUCGGCUUCAAGCUCUUUCCAGAGCACUGGAAGGGCGCGACCACGACCGUGUUCCAGCGCCUCCUGGCGGACCCCCGCGUCAAAAAGAUUGUGCUGCGGCGCGGCAACCACCUUGACGUCUACGCCUCCAAGCUGAGAGCGGACAAGACCGGUGCUUACAUAGGCAAGCGGCUGGACCAGGUCCCCCUGGAAGUGGACUUGGCCGCCUUCCAGGGCUUUGUGACCCACUAUGACAAGGUGUACGCUUACUACGACACUCUGCUGGAGGGCCAGGGCACCGCCAGCGUCCUCCGCAUCAGCUAUGACGACCUUGCAGCCGCUUUCACCGACGACGCCGGCAUGGUCGGCGGUGCCGCUCGCAGCGAACUGGGCGGGGCUGGGGGCGGCAGCGGGGGCGGCGACGGCGGCGCGGAUGGCUGCUGCGCGGCGCGCCGGAUCCAGGCGUUCCUGGGCGCCGCGGCCGCGCCGCCCAAAGCGCUGGCUGUGACGGUGAAGCAGACGAGGCGACCGCUGAAGGAGGGCAUUGAGAACUUCGACGACCUCGCAUUUGCAUUCAGCUGCACAAAAUAUGCUGGCUGCUUUGCCUGCUACAAUGACGGGGACGACUACCGCGGCAGUUGA